AUGUCGACGUCGACGUCCUCUGCCGCUUCUACGGCAUCGACUUUGAAGAUGCAAAAGCCUGACUCGAUGUAUGCGUCGCUCUCGGCGCUGCUCGCGUCGGGCGCCUCGUCGGCAUCCGAACACCUUGCGCUGCUGCCGCCAUCCAGCCUCUCAUCGUCCAUCACCCACUACCUCGCAACGCUCCCGACAGACGAGGCCGCCAAAUUUGCACGUUCGAUUGCUUCCAGUCCGGCGCUGUGGAGCGGCGGCGACGACAGAGUCAAGGUGCUGGAGCGGGCACGGCUUGUUUACGAGGCGUGCGCCCGUGCCGUCCUUGGCCGGAUUCAGGCCAUUGUCAAUGAGCGCGUCGGCUCCGUUGGGUGGACCUCUCGUCGCGGCCUGAUCUCGUGGCUGCGUGCGCUGGCCGAUGCGGUGCACCUCGACGCCGACGCGAUUCCCAAGCGCUUCGACGAGGUGCCCCUGCCCGGCCUUGCGAUCCACACGGGCCUCGUCGCUGGCCUGCAGGCCGCACGCGCCCAGCGCCGGAGGGAGGAAGGCCGCGGCAUGAGUGUCGGCUACGCACUUUCAAGGGCCGAGGACGAGUGGUGUGUCGCGCUGGCCGAGUGUCUGGAGCCUCUCGCGGCCAAGCGGUCGUCGACGCAGGACGAGACAGACGAGUGGGAGCUCGAAUUCAAGAAGCGCAUGGGGGCGCAUCCGUCGUCGGACGAGGACCGCACAGAGGUGGCGACGCUCUUUUUGGCUGCACAGGUCGCUCCGCUCAUUCCACAGAAGAAGCUCGAGGCGCUUGCGUCCGAGCCUCUCGUCGGUGUCAUGUCCGACGUCGUCCUGGGUCUCUUUGAGGAGAGCCAUCUGCUCGACUCGAUCCGCGAGGAUCUGGUCCAGGGCAGCGACGGCCUCGUGGGCUUGCGAGAUGCAGCAAAGACAGUAGAGCGGAGCGGCAUGAUGACGAGACACCCGCUCUUCUCGCUCCUGGGCCCGCUGUCGAGGAUGCUGUCCCUCAGCCUGUCAUCCGUCGUCCGAUCCCUUCCUUCUGCUGGUCUCCACGACAUUCUCUUUGCGGAAGACGGCGAAAAUGGCCCAGCCAUGGCGACGCGGAUGAAGAGCAUCGCAGGCAGAUGGCAGUCUCAGUGGCUCAGCAGCCGGCUCUCUGGCCUGACAGAGGAUCAGAUUGCACCCGAUGCUCGGCCGCGGACGACGGAAAUGUGGAGUGUGUUCAAGACAAUGCUGUUCAGCUUUACCAUGAUCUUUGACGCCCUCAUGGAGGCUGUUGUCGAUGUGUGCCCCAGCCCGACAAUCACGACGCCGAUCGAUGCAUCGACACCGCCACAAGAGGGACAGAAGUGGCCUGCGACAUCGACAUCCAAUAUACCCCUGCCCCUGCUGGAAGUCACGUCGACGAUUCUCAUUACCUACUCGCGCUUGUCUUGGAUCACCUCGUCGUUUGGCAGCUCGACAUUCGAAGCCUACCGCCGCGUCUUUUUCGAGGCUUUGGACGUCAUUGGCCGAGACGGCGAAGCCUCACUCGCACUGCUCGACUUCAUCCGGCCCGACGCACCGGGCACGCUCGAGGCCAACCGGGCACGGCGGGCCAAGGCGACGUACUACAUGGACGUCGUCGAGCAGCUCAUCCCUUCGCUCUCUGACGAAGUCAUUGAAGGCGAGCUGCUCCCCAUCUGUCGUCCUUACCUCGUCGAUCGCGCCUCGAACGAGGCCGCGAACAAGGAUGCCUUUGAGUCGGCCCACUCGGUCCUGCUCAGUGUCUUUGCGAGUAGCAAGCGCGCCGUCAAGGAUCUCGCGCCCUUUUAUGCACGCUUGCUCCUCGAUGGCUUUGGGGCCGAGAAGCUCAACGAGGGCCAGCUCGUCCAUGCGUACUCGACAAUGGUCGACGCGGUUUCGGACAUCGACGACGGUCUUGCCUGGCUCGUCGUCGACCUGCUCUGGACGAGGAUAGGGCAGGCAAGAAUGGCCCAAUAUGCAGCAUCGUCUCUGGUCUCAGCAGCGACAGCAGUUGAGGGCGGACUGAGCGAGGAGGGCCGGCUCGGGCUCGCGAGGUGCUUCAUUGCACAGCUGCCCAACGUCAAUCUCGUCCUGCUCCGCUCGAUGCUCGACCGCGUCAGGAGACUCAUCGUGGAUGCGCCUGCGUACGGCAGCGUGGCGAAGCCGCCGGUGGUGGAAGAAGAGCAGGAGCAAAACAAGAAGAAGAAGAAGCAGGCUCAAGACGAAGGGAGAAGCACAGGCGAGGAGACAAGGAGAGAACUGUGCGAGAGGACGUUUGAUGCGCUCGGUGGUCUGGAUGCCAGCACAAGAGAAGAAGGCCUCAGGUGGUGGUUGGACCAUCGCAAGGAAUUUGGCGUAUGA